AUGCAAUUUGAUGUCCUUUAUUUGUUAUUAAGGGAUUGGGAGCAUAAACUGAUUUUGACACAAGACAUUCUGGAUGAAUGGCUCAAGGUUCAAGCGACCUGGCUCUAUUUAGAGCCGAUUUUCAGCUCACCCGACAUCAUGGCUCAGAUGCCCGAUGAAAGCCGUAAGUUUACCACCGUCGACAAGACAUGGAAGGAGCUGAUGAAACAGGCUGUUGUGGACAAGCGUGUUCUUUCGGUCAUUUUGAUCGAGAAGAUGCUGGACAAACUGCGUAAAUGUAAUGACCUGCUCGAGGUUAUACUGAAAGGCUUAAAUGCCUAUCUGGAGAAGAAGCGUCUCUUCUUCCCCAGAUUCUUCUUCCUUUCCAAUGACGAGCUGUUGGAGAUUCUGUCUGAAACAAAAGAUCCAACUCGAGUACAGCCACAUCUCAAAAAGUGCUUCGAGGGGAUUGCCUCUCUUGUCUUUACCGACAUCCUCGAUAUUACACACAUGACCAGCAGUGAAGGCGAAAUGGUCGAGCUGAAGAGCGUAAUCUCAACUUCGAAAGCCCGCGGUGCCGUGGAGAAAUGGCUUCUAGAACUGGAGGCCGACAUGGUAGCAUCUGUGCAUUUGGCCAUCUCAAGGGCACUUGAAGACUACCUAACAACCUCCCGCAAGCAAUGGGUUCGUGCCUGGUGUGGACAGGCCGUAUUAGCGAUUUCCAUGUACUACUGGACACACAAAGUGCAUCUGGCCAUCCAAGCGGGACGCUCUGCCCUAACCGACUAUUUAAAGGUUAUUUUUAAUAGUCUUUAUAAUAAUUUAAUACUUAACUAUACAUACUACUAUUAUACUUAUUAG